CCAUCGGUCACGAACUCCUUACUCCGGCAUCAUGUUGGCUUCUGUCGUCCUUCUUGCGUUCCUGGGCUAUGCCUCCAGCUGUGGCGUCCCCACCUACCUGCCCAACCUGGCCACCAGGGUAGUGGGCGGAGAAGACGCCAGGCCCCACAGCUGGCCCUGGCAGAUCUCCCUCCAGUACCUCAAGGAUGACACCUAUAGACAUACCUGCGGAGGGACCCUGAUCUCCAACCAGCACGUCCUGACUGCUGCCCACUGCAUCAGCAAAGGCAAAACCUAUCGAGUGUUGCUGGGCAAGAACAACCUGGUGGAGGAAGAGGCUGGCUCCGUGGCCAUGGCUGUGGAUACCAUUUUUGUCCAUGAGAAGUGGAACUCCCUCCUGGUGCGCAAUGACAUCGCCCUCAUCAAGCUGGCUGAGCCUGUGGAGCUGAGUGACACCAUCCAGGUGGCCUGCCUGCCCCCAAAGGACUCCCUGCUGUCCCAGGACUAUCCCUGCUACGUGACUGGCUGGGGACGCCUCUGGACCAAUGGCCCCAUUGCUGAUGCCCUCCAGCAAGGCUUCCUGCCCGCAGUGGACCACGCAACAUGCACCCAGAAAGACUGGUGGGGCACCAUGGUGACCCAGAACAUGGUGUGUGCUGGAGGAGAUGGCGUCAUCUCAGGAUGCAACGGAGACUCAGGUGGACCCCUGAACUGUGAGGCUGCAAAUGGAGCCUGGGAAGUGCGAGGAAUUGUGAGCUUUGGUUCUGGCUGGAGCUGCAACACAGCCAAGAAGCCCACAGUCUUCACCCGGGUCUCUGCCUACAAUGACUGGAUUAAUGAGAAAAUGCAGCUUUGAAUGAUCACCAGCUUGUCUACUGGGAAUCUUCUGGAUACUUCUCAAUAAACCCUCCCAUUCAGUGCCAUCUUGGAUUUUCAAUAAAGUAUCCUCUCCUGUCUAUAUAUUCAGUUA